UUCGUCAGUGUUUACAAUUUUUGUCACAUGUGGAUAUAUCUUUCCCAGGAACGAUGGGCAAUGAAGAAACUUUAAAUGUCAUCUUUACCAUAGGAUAUUUGUUUUUUGUGCUUUGUUUUGUUGCACCUCCAACUGAAUUUGUUUCAGCAGGUUUGACAAUACAGAAUGUUUUAUCCAAUUAUCUUGGCAGCGAACAGUUACAUUUUAUUGAAUAUCACAUGAAGAGGACAGCAAUCACAUUACUUAUUCAUUCACUACUGCCGUUAGGGUACUACAUAGGACUAGGGUUGUUUUCUCCACACCUUGGUUUGUUUACUCCUUGGAAGCUAGGAUUCCUAUGGCAGAGUUAUCUAGUCUCCUGCAUUCUAAUUAUUUUGACAACAUCCCUACUCUUUUAUCUUUGGACAAGAAAUAAAUACAACAGCCAUCCCAUAGCAAAAGAACUGGCAUUGCUUGGGAAUGGAACCUCUUGGAGAGCUGUGGCUUCUUCCAUUAACGUAGAAUUUCGGAGGGUAGAUAAAUUCACAACAGGUGCCCCAGGGCGUAGAGUGAUAGUGACAGACUCAUGGGUGAUGAAAACAUCCACCUACUAUGUGUAUAUUGCCCAUCAGAAUGAUAUACACCUGUCCCUAUCCAAAUCAGAGGAGCAUGAUAUCCAUUAUGAAAGUAUGACAUCUGUUCAAUUCCUCAAGUUUAAUGUUAUAAGUAUCAAUCCAAAACUCAAGCCAUUUACAAUCAGGUUGAAUGCCUUAGAGUAUAGAGAUUUGAAAGACAAGUUGACAACUCCUAUUGUCAAUGCCAGGAACAUAGUAAUAAAGCAAUCCCUCAGUGACCAGUUCCUAGAGGCGUUCAGGCACCAAGUCAGCCUCAACCAAGUGUUUAACAUGCCAGAAGGAAUGGAGGCAGAUACUUGUAUUGGGUGUAUGCAGAAGGAGUCCGACAUUAAGCUUGUGAAGUUGUGUGACAGUGCCGGCCCAGGACAGUGUGUACAGUGUUACUGCCGCCCCAUGUGGUGCUUAGAAUGCAUGGGGAAGUGGUACGCAAGUCGCCAGGACCAACAAAGACCAGAAAUCUGGAUGUCAGGCACCUCCCCAUGUCCAACAUGUCGUGCCGUGUUCUGUGUACUAGAUGUUUGUCUGAUUGUAAAAUGAGGAUUUGUUUAAUUAUAUGAAAAUUUACUUUAUUGGUAGUUGAUUUAUAACUAAGUUUUUACUCAAAGUGAAAUGUCUCAUGUACUUUUGAAGAUAAUCAAUUUACAAAAAACAGCAACAUCUUAUUUUUAAACAAUCAUAAUUUUACAUUAUUUAAAAAAAAAAAAUCUUAAACACAUUGUAAAUAUGUGCAAAAAGAAUACUCGAUGAGAAUUAGAGUCAAAUGAAUGGAUUCCAUAGUGAGUUUCUGCAUUCUUCAAGCUUAUUUUUGUUGUAUA